CGGAAGCGGCCGGGUUCGGAGCCUUGAGCACUUAUUUGGGGGGCCUUCCCUGCGAGGGAGUGAGAGGGGGCGAGGUAGUAGAGAUGGAUUAGCUUUGGCUCGGACGCACGUGCUGAAGCAUCUGAGUGUGUUCGCGCGCGUGCGAAAGUUGCUCUGCUCUUCUCCAAAAGAGAAAAAGUAAGGAGGAGGGAUGACUUCUGUACUCCCAACAGCCAGAUCCCAGAUCCCACUGACGUUCCAGGAUGUGGCUGUGGAUUUCACCUGGGAGGAAUGGGGGCUCUUGGAACCUUCUCAGAAGGACAUGUACUGGGAUGUGAUGCUGGAGAUCUAUGAGAAUUUUAUCUCCCUUGGAGGUGUUCCUCUUUCCAUACCAGAUGUUAUUUCCCAGUUGGAAAGAAUGAAAGCACCAUGGAUGACAGAAGGAGGAGUCUUGAUUAGCACUUUUCUAGAUUCUUCUAGUCAGAAGACAAAAUGUGAAACCAAGGAGUCAACUGUAAAGCAGAAUAGUUUUAUGGAACAGUCAUCGAAAGAGAGAUUCAUAAAGGAAAGCCCUUGGCAUUACACAUUGGGAGAAGGUUGGAAUGGUGAUGUCAGGUUAGAAAGACAAAAAGAAAACCAAGAAAUACAGUCUCAGGAGGUAUUCACUAGUGAAUCUGUUCGUGAACGUAAUAUUUUUGGAAAAAAACUCAAUCUGGGAUCAGUUGUUGUUCCACAACGGAGAGUUUGCAUAAGAGAAAAUCUUCCUACAUACAGUACACUUGUAAAGAAUAUGAAGAAGUUUUUUGACUCACUUAAACCUAAGACAAUCUCCAUUGGGACGAAACUUAAGUAUAGUAAAUGCAAGAAGCCCUUUAGUUAUCAGUCAAAUGUUAUUCAUUACCAGAGAGCCCACCCUCGGGGGAAAGCCCAUAAAUGUAAUGAAUGUAACAAAGCCUUCAGCAAGAAAGGAAGUCUUAAUGCACACAAACUAAUUCAUACUGGAGAGAAACAUUUUGAAUGUAAUACCUGUGGGAGAGGCUUCAGAUACCAUUCAUCCCUUAAGCAACAUCAGAAAAUUCAUACUCGUGAGAAAUCCCAUAAAUGCAAUGAAUGUGGUAAAGGCUUUAGCCGAAGAGGACUUCUUAAGACACAUAAAUUAAGUCAUAUUAGAGAAAAACAUCUGAAAUGUAAUGUAUGUGGGAAAGGCUUCAGGUACCCCAUAUCCCUUAGGGUACAUAAGAAAAUGCAUACUGGAGAGAAGCCACAUAUAUGUAAUGAGUGUGGAAAGGCUUUCAUCUGAAGGGAAACUUUAUAAAUCAUAAGAGAUUUCAUUCAGGUGAGAUGCCUUUUGAAUGUAAUGAAUGUGGGAAAGCUUUCAUGCUAAGGAAAGAGUUUAAUAAACACAAGAGAAUUCAUACUGGUGAGAAACCAUACAUAUGCAAUGAAUGUGGGAAAGCCUUCAGGUGGAAUGGAAGUCUAAAAUCACAUAAGAGAAUUCAUACUGGAGAGAAACCCUAUGUAUGUAAUGAAUGUGGGAAAGCAUUCACUAAUUAUCAAAGCCUAACUUAUCAUCAAAUAUUUCAUCCUGGAGAGAAAAUUUUUCAGUGUAGUGAAUGUGAGAAAGCAUUUACACAGAGGGCAAACCUUAAUCGACAUAAGAGAAUUCAUACUGGAGAGAAACCCUACAUAUGUAAUCAAUGUGGAAAAGCCUUUAUUGUGAUGGGAAAUCUUAAAAGACAUAUGAGAAUCCAUACAGGAGAGAAACCUUAUAAAUGUAAUGAUUGUGGAAAAGCUUUCACCAAUCACCAAAGCCUAAUUCAUCACCAAACAACUCAUACUGGGGAGAAAACAUUUCAGUGCAAUGAAUGUAAGAAAGUCUUUGCCACAAGAGGAAACCUUAACAUACAUAAGAAAGUUCAUACUGGAGAAAAACCCUAUGUAUGUAAUGAAUGUGGGAAAGCAUUCAACCUCAAGGGAAAUCUGAAUAUACAUAAAAAAAUUCAUACUGGAGAGAAACCCUUUGAAUGUAGUGAUUGUGGAAAAGCCUUCAGACAGAAUGGAAGUCUUAAAAGACAUAAAAGAAUUCAUACUGGAGAGAAACCCUAUGAAUGUAAUGAAUGUGGAAAAGCCUUCACUAAUCAACAAAGCCUAAUUUACCAUCAAGUAUAUCAUACUAGGGAGAGACCCUAUGAAUGUAAUGAAUGUGGGAAAACCUUCAUUCAGAAAGGAAAACUUAAUAGACAUUCAAGAACUCAUGAGGGAAGCCUUUAACUAGGUGGAAAAAAUAUUACACAUAAAAUAACUCAUAUUUGGAAAAACACAUUGAAUAUAAUGUUAUAAAUAGCUUUUAACAAGAAGGGCAAAUAUUAAAUAUAUUUAAAAAUCCACACUAGAGGAAACCCUGUAAAUAUUAUGAAUUUUAUGAAUAUUAUGAAUUAUGUAAAUUAUGAAAAUCUAAAUUCCCGUCUAUAUUUCAUAGUGAUGAAGUGCUGUCAAUAUAAGAAAUGACUCAUAAUGGAGAGAAAACCUUUUUCUGCAAUGAAUGUAAGAAAGUCUUUGCCACAAAAGGAAACCUUAAUGUAUAUUAAAUAAAGAAAGUUCAUACUGGAGAGAAACCUUAAGUAUGUAAUGAAUGUGGAUAAGCCUUUAAUUGGAAGGGAAGCCUUAAUUCAUAUAAGAAUUAUCAAUGAGAUUAUCUUUGAAUUUUAGUUAUAUAGGAAAACUUUCACCAAUAAUCAAAGCCUAACACGAAAUUAAAUAUCUUUCAUGCUUAAGAGAAAUCUUUCCAGUGUGAUGAAUGUCAAAAAGUUUUCAGAUGGGGUAGAAAUCUUAACAUCAACUUUUUGAUUGUAAUGAAUGUAGCAGAGUUUGUGGUCCAGACUUUAUUGUACAUAAUAAAAUCCAUAGUCGAGGAACCCUUUGAAGAUAAGCAACAUAGGGAGAUUUUCAGGUUUAGCCCAUUGCUAGUUAAACAUCAGAUAAUUUUUACUAGAGAAAACCCCAUUUGAACUUCAGGAAAUUGGGGAAGUGUUCCAAAAAAGUAAGAGUAUUAUUGUGUAUCAGUGAAUUCAUAUUGGAGAGAAACCCUUUCAGGGUAACUAAAGUAAGGAUAGAGAUUGGAGGUGAGAAGAGGCAGAAUUCUGAAAAAUUAAUGUGCCUUCUUUGAGAAUAAUAUUCUGAGAGGCAAAGGGAAAGUCAGAAUGAAUUCACAUAAAAUAGUGAAUUAUAUCUUCUACUUUAAUCUAGAUUGACAAAAGUUAUAAAGAGGCAGAUUUCAAGUCUUUAUUAAGUCCAGAGAGGCCUGGAAAGCUUGAGUUUAACUGAAAAGUGGCAGUUAAUGUAUAAUAAGGCAGAAUUGUGAGACCUAUGUAUUUCACUUAGCUUUUGUUCCAAUUCCUAGUUUCAGUUACAUGCUACUGAUUGAAGUUCUUAAAUAUAAAGUGGACCAUAAUGUUCUAACCUAUACAAAACUCCUAUGGGAUGUUAGUGUAAGUAUUUAAGAAAUGCUUUUUAAGUAAAUGAGCUCAGGAUCUAGAACAUAAUGGGAGUUAUAAGGAAUGUUUUAACUCAAAGAUAGAUAAUACCCAGUACCAUGAGUUGGAAAUUGGCACCAGAGUAUGGUAUUCCAAAGAGAAGACUUGGGGGUAUUUUAUGGUGUAUGUCAGUUCCCCAGACGGAUGUAAUAUGUCAUAAUUCCAAAAUAUGCACCAAAAGCUGUAAUAGGCUGAGGCUCGAGUUGAUGCACUGAGGUCCCAAGCACGUGAGACUAAAUAGUAAUUGGACCAUAUUCUAUUAAUAUAUAUGCUUGAGAAAGAAUGGCCCCCGCCCACUCUUUGUGCAAGUCCUGAUGUGUUAUAUAGGAAAUGACGAUUUUGGUGGGUGGAGGCAGCGGGGCCGAGAAGGGAAGCGGAAAGAGAGACUGCUGGCUGGCAUCUUGACACAGCUGCUCUCAUUACUAUCGUGACCGCCCUUCACCUCCAAUCCCCCUCUGCUAGCUGGCUUCCUGUCGCAGCUGCCCAUAUUGCUAUCGCAAUCCUUCUUCACCUCUACUGAGAAUAAAGAUUGUAGAUUUUUCCUUAACCUGAAUUCCUGACUCUGGGUGAUUUUAAAUACGCAUCACAAAAAUCAGCCUGCCCUUUAUGAGGAAAGACAAUUUAAAUAUUAUAUUACAGUAGAUAGAAACGGAGAAUAGGAGGUAGCACUUAAUGCCUAAAGCCCUGUAGAAGAAGCAGAGUAUAGCUCAGUAAAUUAUGAAUUAUUUUAGAGGCAGCACUGGAAAGUUAAAAUGAUUCCUCUAGCAAAGGUUGUAUAAUGCAUGGAGAAGGAUAGCCAGAGCAUCUAGGAGAAAACAGUUCAUUAAUGUCAUCAGAAGACAUUAUUCGUACUGCAAUUUGGAAGUACAUCACCCCAGUCACACAUGUGCCAUGGCUAUAUCAGUUUCUGAUAUGUUUCCUUUUACAUGCCUCUUCCAUCUUUGUUCCUAUGUCAUGUAUGUACUCUUCAUAUAUGUUCUUUUCAUCUGUUCUGAUAAUCGGUGGGAAAAUGUACUCCAUGUGGGCAGGGGAUAUUUUAUUACUUUAUUUGUCACGCUGUUAGAUUAAAUACUUUUAAUUUUGAA